AUGCUACGUAAAACGAAACGCGAACAGUCAGAAGUCCAACACAUCCUCAUCGUGGUGGAACUCAUUAAUGAAUCAUUGCAGCCUUCUACUCAUGAAAAUAAAACUUCCUACCCGUGUCUCUCGCUAAUUAUUUCUCCUGAUGAUCGUGGGAAGAUGCAUAUGCCGUCACGUGAUGGGCUUACACGAAUGGCAUUAGAAAGAUCCAGUUUCCUAGAUAGAAAUGAAGGAGAUAUCAACACAUCAAUUGGAAAGGAUCGUGAAAGUAACAGGUGGUAUGGGACAAAUCAUGUAAUAAGAGUAGAGGAUCACGUAAUAAAAACGAUUUCAACAGAAUACAAGGAUAUAUCCGCGUGA